AUGUCAACACUGAAGAAGUGGAAAAACCGAGACUUGAACGUAUACGUUAGAAACCAGACCUUCUACGAAGACGGCCAGCCUGUCAACGAGUUCUCUAAGUUCGGAAACAGAGUGGACAGGAUAAUACAUACGCUUGAGCUUGUCAUCGAACACCAAAACCGGGUGAAAGACGGGAUAGAAGUCCCUCAUACUGUCGAUACUCGGAAAGGCAUCGUGGGCUUCGAUAUCCGAGACAUUAUCAAAUCCCAUCGUAAGUUCCGCUCUCGCGUUGAGCGUAUUAGCUCACCGGAUAAGGGUUGGGUCGAUCUUCUGCCUGCUUUAGGCAUACUUACGAUACUUGGGAAUAAUUUCGGAGACGUCCUAUGCCCUUCCGAUCCUGAUGCAUGUUGCUCUGCAUGGCGAUCUGUUCCUAAGGAUCAGAAUUAUCUGGCGGCUUCCGUUUCAACGCUUGCACUGUUGCUAGAGCACCUACAGCAGUCGAGUCCUGAGUUGGGCAUUGGAGAAUUCACGUCCGAGCUUUCUUGGAGGUCACCUUGCAAGCCUUUCGAGUCUUGCCAGUGCAUCAAGGGCAAGCACGUCGAAGGAUCAGCUCAUCACGACCCGGGCCAAUACAUUGUGUCCAGUUCGCGGUGGCAUCAGAUUAGGCUGAAAGAGGCGAAGCCUUGUGAUGUUUCACUUUUGGAAGGAACCGGCGCUGUUGUAUUCGCCAACAUCACAAGUCUGGGUAGUCGCCCUAAAGCUCAUAAUGUAGAGGCGACUGCGAACGCUCCCCAAGAACCCUCGGCGGGCCUUGUGACGAACGGAAACCACCAGAGCUCACCAGACCCAGCUAGCCAGUCGACCACAGAUCAAUCGUUAGGCUCGACGGAUCCAACAGAAACAAGCCUACAGGUUGCGGGCCCCGCAUUGAACAGCGGCGAUGAAAGCUUGCCAGUAUCAGCUAGCCAGCCGGCCUCAGCUCAGUCAUCGAGAUCCAUGAAACCAACGCAAGCAAGUAUACGGAACGCAGGCUCAACCAGCUCUGGAGAUCAGACUAGGACUCAUAAAGACCAGGGUACAUUCGCCAGGCUGAGAGAAAAGUGCAAGGGUAAAUGGACACGAAUAACGUUUGAUCUGGCUCGAAAACGCGCAAACACCUGA